AUGGCAAAAGCGGCAACUGCAAAAGGCAAAGGCAACGCGCAUGCAAAGGCACCUACAAAAGCAGCACCAAAGAAAGCAGCUCCGAAAAAAACACCAGCCACACAACAUAAGAAGACAGGUUCACAGAAGCGACCAGCCGAGAAUGAAUCCUCUGAUGAAUCUUCUGAAGAGUCGGAUCAUAGGCGACGUAAGAAGAAAUGUGUGAGGCCGACAGAAGCUAGUGAUGAUGAGGUGGUUGAUGCUGGUAAUAAGGAUGACAAAGAACCAGAGGUGAUGGGUGGUGAGCCGGAAAGUGAGCACGAAUCCCCAGAUGACUCUGAGUGCAAGAAGGACUUGGCUAGGGAUGUUCGGCUCGUCUUCACAGACACCAUCAAGGUGACAUUCAUUCACAAGGACAACAGGGUGGAGACGCUAAGCAGGCGCUGUGGUGUGGAAAGCGAAAGGCAUUCCACACUGGUAGCAACUCCUCCUGUCAGCAACAUAUUCGUCAGCAUUACGACAUGUAUCAACAACGAUGCAAAGAAGCAAAUGUACCAGAACAUCAUUGGGCGAUCCCUUGAACGGUUUGGAAGAGAAUGGAAGAAGAGCGAAUGGGGAAGGAUGUGGGGUGACAAGGAACACUGGAUGGUUGACGACCAGAUGGCUCCUGGUCUAAUCUCUACAACUGCAGAUAUGUGGAGUGCUGAUACCAUGAAGGCGGCUUUCCUAGGCGUCACUGUGCAUUGGAUUGAUGUGAAGAGAAAGGAGGGUGAAGAGACAUGGGAGAUGCGCUCAGAGGUUAUCGGCUUUCGAUCAGUCUCAGGCGACCACAACAGGAAGAACUUGGGCUCCACACUCUUACCCUGGACAACACCCACAAAAUGUGAAACUAUUGAAGCGACGCACACACAACGAAAUCUUCCUCCGUGGUCUGCAGAGGAGAACCAACUUCCUUGUCUAGGUCAUGUUGUCAACCUCGCAGAAGUUGACGUGAUGACUCAUAUCACCAAGAUCGCAGCUGUGGAAACAGCUACAGCUAUCUGGGAAUAUGACCCAUCACUGCCUGACAACCGCAUGCUGAAUGGUUCCUUGGAUGUAACUGCGGCUAUCCGGACUCUUGCUAUCAAGAUUCAAUCAUCCGGGCAGCGCAUUGAAGCAUUCGAGAAGCUACAAAUUGAAUGUGGCUUGAAAGACGCCCUCAAGAUCCCCCUUCACAGCAACGUUUGA